GACGGGGUUUCACCAUUUUGGCCAAGCUGGCCUCGAGCUCCUGACCUCAGCUGAUCCACCCACCUCGGCCUCCCAAAGCGCUGGGAUUACAGGCGUGAGCCACCGCGCCUGAUAAACAUCAUUUUCUUUUAAAGAGUCCUCUGUCAUCUAGCGAGACGCUACUACAAUGGAGGAAAAAGACCCCUCCUUAAGCCCUGAGAACCUGAAAACUUUGGCUAGAAGUCCGCUCCUGAAGAGACUCAGGAAGGCUUCUGGGAACCGUAGUUCAAAGGCAUCCCGUCUUCUGCGCAGACUCACAAGUCCCUGUGGACGGAAACAUUGAAGGGUAGUGCCGCUCCGUCCUUCCACCGGAAGUGUCCGAUCGGAAUCAUCCCUGUCCGAGAGGUGAGUCCGGGUUUGGGGACCCAGAUGUCCGGCCCAGUGUCCCCCUCCAAACAUCCAGUCCCUCUCAUAUUGCCUUUGAACUUAGCAGCCUCUGGGUGACCAGACCUUGGACCUCACAGGAAUCCCUGACAAAGGGGGAGCCAGCUUCGGCGUUGGGAGGGCAGGAGCGCUCCCGUUUUUAGUGAGGGUUUGGCGGUCUCCAUAGUUACCUCCGCCGCGCGUGACGUUAUAGUGGAGCGCUGAGAGGGCGUGGUGGCGUGGAGGGUAGAGGGGCGUCCUGCUGAUCCUGAAUCUGGGGUCACUGAUUAGCGGAGUGGCCCAGGCCAGCCAGAUGGAACGGGAAGGGGCGCCACAUGUCUCGGAUCUGUAGUUGUCUGCCAAAAGAAACUGCUGCGAGGGCCACCCCCGAUCUCCUGUUUCCCUUGGAAAGAAUAACCGCCCUUUCGUAGGACAUAUGGGGACAACCCCGGCGUAUCCUGAACUUUGUUGACACGGAGAACUCUUGAAACUAAAGAAGACCCUUCCCAAAGCAGAAGUGGGUUUCUGAUAAAAUAUUCUAUCCAGAGAUGGCUACCGAGUCAAAGAAAGCUGCAGCCCAGAACUCUCCAGAGGAUGAAGGACUUCUGAUACUGAAGAUAGAAGAGGAAGAAUUUAUCCACAGGCAGGACACUUGCUUACAGAGAAGUGAACUCCUCAGGCAGGAGCUCUGCAGGCAGCUUUUUAGGCAGUUCUGCUACCAGGAUUCCCCUGGACCUCGCGCGGCACUGAGCCGACUCCGGGAGCUCUGCUCUCAGUGGUUGAAGCCAGAGAUCCAUACCAAGGAGCAGAUUCUGGAACUGCUGGUACUGGAGCAGUUCCUGACCAUCCUGCCGGGGGAUUUGCAGGCCUGGGUUCAGGAACAUUACCCAGAGAGUGGAGAGGAGGCAGUGACCAUACUGGAAGAUUUGGAGAGAGGCACUGAUGAAGCAGUACUCCAGGUUCAAGCCCAUGAACAUGGACAAGAAAUAUUCAGGAAAAGGGUGUCACCUCCUGGACCAGCACUUAGUGUCCAGUUACAGCCAGUGGAAACCAAAGCCCAUUUUAUUUCAUCAGAACCCCAGCUGUUACAGGACUGUGAUACUGAGAGUGAAAACAGUAGAUCUAUGCCAAAGCUGGAAAUUUUUGAAAAAAUUGAAUCACAGAGAAUUGUAUCUGGAAGAAUCUCAGGAUACAUAUCAGAAGCAUCUGGUGAAUCUCAAGACAUCUGUAGGUCUGCAGGCAGGGUAAAGAGGCAAUGGGAAAAAGAAUCAGGGGAGUCUCAGAAACCAUCAUCUACCCAGGAUGGAGAUUUUGGUAAAAUCCUCACCCACAAAAAUACAGUCAGAAGUGAAAUAAUAAGCCAUGAUGGAUGUGAGAGGAGAUUAAAUCUGAACUCAAAUGAAUUCACACACCAGAAAUCUUAUAAACAUGGUACCUGUGACCAGAGCUUCAAAUGGAACUCAGAUUUUAUUAACCAUCAAAGAAUUUAUGCUGGAGAAAAAAUUCACCAACAUGGAAAAUCUUUCAAGAGCCAAAAGCUUGCUAAACAUGCAGCAGUUUUCAGUGGAGAGAAAACUCAUAAGUGUAAUGAAUGUGGGAAAGCUUUCAGGCACAGCUCAAAACUUGUUAGGCAUCAGAGAAUCCACACUGGAGAGAGACCCUAUGAAUGUAAUGAAUGUGGGAAAGGAUUUGCAGGGAGCUCAGAUCUUAUUAGACAUCAGCGAAUUCACACUGGUGAAAGACCCUUUGGAUGCAAAGAAUGUGGGAGAGCAUUCAGCCUGAACUCACAUCUUAUCCUGCAUCAGAGAAUUCACACCAGAGAGAAACCCUAUGAGUGUAGUGAAUGUGGGAAAACCUUCCGAGUGAGCUCACAUCUUAUUCGACAUUUGAGAAUCCACACUGGAGAAAAACCCUAUGAAUGUAGUGAGUGUGGGAGAGCCUUCAGUCAGAGCUCACACCUUAGUCAACACCAGAGAAUUCACAGGAGGGAAAACCUAUUAAUGUAAGGAACUUAAGUUUGUAUGUAAAUGCUGAGGAAAUAGAACAAUGUGAAAAACAUUAAAUAAAAAGUAUUGGACAAGAUGGAAGACUGAAA